AUGGCCAGAUCUACUCCUACGAAUUCUUCUUCGACACGCCUCUCCGUCGUUGCAGGACGGAACGAGCUCCGGCCGUGCAAGAAACCAGGCGGCAACGCAGAGACGCACCAGACUGAGGAAAGCGUCCUAUCAUUUGACGCGAACGACCUCACGAUGCGGCCAUCGAUAACAUCAUCACCCUCGGCCACCCAACCAUUGGGGAUGUGCCGAAUGUUGCCUCGUCCGAAACACCUCGUCUACCAAUUCAACGCAGAACCCUGUCUCUCCGGAAAUGGCAUCAAGUUGGUCAAAGCUCCAGUCCGCCGCCCUACUCCAGUCGGCGGAUCCUUCUGCACUUCAAGCUUAUCGGCCACACUCAUCGCCGAACCCGCCCACCCGCGCCUCGCCUUCUCCUCUACGCGCGAACGCCUCGGUGACGAGCGAAAGGGAUCUUUUCAUUUACUCAGGGGUGUUCGCCUCACCCCGCCAUGGGCAACACUUCCUACUUGUCCGAAGACGUCCCCCUGGACAUCAUCUACGAGAUACUGGGGCACCUACCCGUGUUCGAUAUCAUACGACUUCGCCAGGUAUGUUGGCUUAUCGUUCCAUCACUCUGAAAGGAAACAUUCUUCGCCUCAGGUUUCUCGCCGGCUUCGUCAGGCCAGCUAUCAGCGAAGCGUAUGGGUCAACGCGUACGAAAGAGCCAACCUCCUCCUGCCCCACGCGCCGAUCUCGUCUCGGAGCACACACGAACUCGAGGUAGCACUCGUACGCGCGUCAAGAAUCGUCUGGAACUGGACCUCGCCCAAGCCCACGAUAUGCACACGAAGGCGUUUCCCCCGCGAACUCCCAACGUACGACUUUGACGGGAACGUGGUAGACGGAAGAUACCUGAUGCUGGCCGAGCGCAGCGGGCUUUCAUGGUACGACUUGGACGGGGACAUGGCGCGUCCAAUACUCGUGUACCCUUGCCCUACCAUCCUCCCGAUGACGGGAUAUCUGAAUCAUCAAAUCAAUGCUAGCCAAGAAGGGCGAGGGUCUCUAUGGGUCGCGUUCGUGUGCAUGCAGCCAAGUAGAAUAACCAUCCUCAAAGUCGACCUAAAUGAAUCUGGAGGCACUGCCCGCCUCCAUUCCGAAAUCCCAUCCGUCAGCGUAACUGGCAUAAAGAUGGGCCACGAUUGGCUUCUCCCAAUCGGAGAGUUCGUCUCUCCAGAUGAUCCUAUGGAUCUAUUCCAUAUUCCAUCCCGAACCACCCUACACGUUCCGAUGCAUGAAAAAGUCCGGAGCUUAGGCGAUUUGAGCAGUUUGAACCUCGCCUUUACCCCGCAGUACCUCUUCUUUACCUUCUCAUCGCGCACGGAAACGUCCAUCGACACGUACACCCUCCCAACCAUCACCGAGGCCACCCCUUCUUUGCAGGGGAGGCAUGUCAUCCGGUCUCACACUGGCACCUACCCUCACGCAAUGUCGAAUAUCCAAGUCGUCGAGAGUUGCGGCUCCCACGUCUCGUUCCUGUCGCUUGUCUAUGUGUCGCGAACGCCCGUGACCUGGACCUCAAAAAUUGGUCUGCACCUCUUCGACGUCUUCCUAGAACCUACGGGCGACAUCGUGUUCACCACGCAGGCUUCCCGAACCCUGGACGUUGGGAUCGCGACGACGCAGCUCUUCCAAACCGCGCAGCGUGGCCGCUGUCUCGCUGUCAGUCAUUCAUCUCCUGGGUCUUUUUUAUUCGCCUAUCACAUUGAGCGGCGCGGUGAGGCACAGUAUGACAUGAGUGUGAAGUCUUUGAAGCUUCCAGACGGCGUGCAGAGCAGGGAUGUGCUGUCAUUCGAUGGCGUCCGGGGUAGACUUUGUUUCACUAGCGGUUGGACCAACAUCGAGAUUUUAGACUACCACUAG